AUGGCUACUUCGCCACACCUGCAACAAGCUCCCGACGCAGCCCCCAUGCAUCACGUGCAGGGCAGGUCCUGCCGCCAAGGUGGUGAGAUGGCGCUGCUGCGAGACUUCCCAAUGCGGCCCGACAACAAAGAGGCCGGAUGGAGCGUCCCAUACGACCAGCUCUUUCAGCAAUAUGUCGACACGGACCUGCUCGACCUGAGCAGCGACAAUACAGCGGAAGGGACAAGCAGCUCCGAUGAUCUGAGCAAUUUCUUUGACGUCUCGUCGUCGUCGAAUGGGAGCGCGGCGGCCAAAACCUUGUCUAUGCCCAAUUGGGAGGCGAGAAACACCGAACCAAAAGAUGCCUGGCAACAGGCUUGGAGCUAUAUUGGCUCCAACCCAACCUCGGCCAUACCCGAAGGCAAUCAGGCUUCGAUCUACCCAGAGUCUCGCGGAAAGGCUGCGGCGUCUGAUCCGGGGCUUUUCAACUUCGAGGAAGCGCCUUGCACUCAAGUAGCUUCCGAUCCCUUCGUUUUUUCCGGCUCCUCCUCACCAUAUCCCAUUCCCUCCUGUCCCACCAAGAAGUUCCACAGCCUCCCUACCCGCAGCAAGAGACGGGAUCCCCUUUCGCUCAGAAGGACUGUCUCAAGAGAAAGCCUCUCGUCCAAGAUGAUGCGUCCUUCGCAGUACCGCACCGGCUAUCAAGAAGCCUGGGCGAAGCGCGUCGGCGCGCCACCGCUGUCCCCUCCGCCUUCGUCAAAGGUCUCGCAGGAGGAGAACAGCUAUGGGUACGCGUUCCCCGCCAGCAUGCAUUUCACAAAUCCCCUCGACCUUGACCGCGACAUGUCUCUCUCCGGCCAAAACUACACUUCGCGGCCACAAAUACAAAUCACGCCGGUCGCAUCGCCCACCAGCCAAGCACCGAGUAGUGCAAGAUCGUCGUUCCACCAGCCCAACGACUCGACCAAUCCCUACCUCACUCACGAUCUCAGCGAAGCUCUGCAAACCCCUCCUCACUCUGAUCGCAUCCCCUCCUCGUCGUGGACACAAAGCCAGAAUGCCUCCUUCGAGUUCAGCUUCCCGCCCACGCAAAGCGAGUCUCAGCCGUGGUGGUCAGCUCAGCCUUCCUCGCAGUCGUACCAGCAGCCUCGGAUGGACACGAUGCCCAUCAGCACAGCUCCGUCUGACCUGGCCACGUCAGGCCUCAUGAUCCAGUGCGACUCUAGCAGCAUGCCUAGCAUGCUCGAGGCGCACGGCCAAGAUGGCUCAUAUCCGACUUCGUCGCCAGUCGUGUACUCAUCGCAGUUGUACACGGCUAGCGCGAUGCCCACGUACGGGCACGCGCAUGCCCAGCCGCAGCAGCUAACACCUCCGUCGCGCAGCCCUACAUCCUCGCCGCCAGGCAUGCCGUACGUGCGCUCGCGGCGCUCCUCGUCGCAGCGGCCCACGACGGCGGUAGCGGCAGCAGCAGCAGCGGCAGCAGCGGCGGCGGCGGCACGUGGCAUCCAUGGUAGCCAUCACCACCACAACAACAACCACCACCGGCGCAAGAGCAGCAGUGGCAAUGGCAGCGGCGUGGGCAGCCGCCCUACCAGCGUCGGCUUUGUUAACUACACCCCUGAUGACAGCCGCAAGAUCUUGACGGGGGUGGCGCCGAGCGGCAGCAGCAAGACCAAGGCGCGCCGCGAGAAGGAGGCCGCGGAGAAGAGACGCAGGCUCAGCCAGGCGGCCGCGCGCGCCAUCAUCGAGGCGGGCGGCGACAUCACGACAUUGGAGCGCGAGGGGCUGCUGUUUUCGGAAGCUGCAGAGCAUCAUGCAGUGGGGAAAUGA